AUGCCUAUCAUAAGUAGGCUGACCAAGGGUGUUGGCGCGGCCAUCGGUGCGGCGUCGGAGGUGAUCGCCGACCACAAGAAGAAGGCAGCCAGAGAGCGCGGAGUGUCACCGAACCCCGCAGUCCAACACGAGACCGGGGAGAGUUCGCGCCUAACGGCUCCAACGCUUCCCACAGGGCAUUCUUCGGAAAAGAAAAGCCCUUCUGACGCGGAAGAAGACGACGAUUCUUCGAGUAUCAGCAGUUCUGCUCUGGCUAAUGACAAUGCCGAAUGGGCCCUUGAUGAAGCCGCAGAAGAGCUCGAGCAACCCCCACCGUCAUACGAAGAAGCAGCAGCUCCACCGGCUUCAGACCAGGACGUCGCCCGGGCUUUCGUGGACACGCACCAGCUCUCAGCUCUGCCCUCCGUGAACAUCAAACCACUACCAUGCCCCGUCAUACUCCCGCAGCGCCGACCGAAGGAUCAAAGUCGAGGUUUUGUGCGCGCUUACGCCCCUUUACUCGGCGAGUGCGCGGGCAUUGACCAGAAGACCUUUAUCGACUUCAUCAACGACCUUGACCGCGCCUCCAAAGCCAGCCCGGUCUUCGACGUGAUCAAUCUGGCUUGCUUCGCCGCGGGAUUCGUGCCCAGCCCCAUCGCCAUGGCCACCACCAUCGCUGUGCAAGUGGCCAGUCAUACUGCAGAGGAGAUCCAAACACGCCACCGCGGAAACACCUACCUCGAUCAGAUCAACGAAUCUCUCUUCAAGCCACGUGGCCUAUACUGCAUGAUCAUGACCUUCAAGCCCGACAGCCCGCAUGAGCCGCUCCUCGGGGUAGACCUCUCGAGCGUCAGCGCGGCAGACCAAGCCCUCGCCAAGGCAACCUCGAUCCCGGACUCCGCGCUGAAACAAAAGCUCGCCAAACUCCGCCUCGCCUCGGGCGUCAGCAAGGGCGAGCUUUCCCUUCCCGAGUCCGCGCCCCUGAUCUACCCUGCCAUCGACGCAGCCGCAGUAUCAGCGCUCAACUCAGCGGAGGGUUCCUCCGGCCCCGCCCAGAGCGACCCACCACUCUCACGACGCGCCCAGGACAAGCUCCGCGCUACGGGGGGUUUCUUGGCAAGCUAUCUCGACCGUCGUGCGCAGGCGAGCUACGCCGGGAUGCACCCGGACAGCAAGCUCGCGGUGCCUUCUCCGGAGAAGACGUUUGCCUCUCGAUUCAGCGAUCCGAAUCACCCGGCCAACUCGGGCACCAUUCUCGGGCUUCUUACUGGUGGGCACUUCGACCCGAAAGCCAAGAAACGGGGGCGGCGAGCUCAGAGAAGGGCACACAAGAGAGGAUACGAACUGAGCCCAUCAGAUGUGAAGAAUGCGGAGAUGGGCCGACUGCCGAAGCGAAGACAGGGCGUGAUCAGGAAGGUAUUACAAAAGGACAUCUUGUACUUGACGGUGGUCAAUCUGCCGAGUGAGGCGGAGAUGAGGGAGAUCAUGGGCGAGCUGGAACGGGUGAAGUCUUGA